AUGGAAGAUUGCAUUUUCCUCGAUGAAUUCAACUGGGAUGCUAUUCUGGAGGAGUUUGAUGCAACUCAACAGGAUCAAGACCUUUUGUGUGAUUUCAUGCUCGAGAGUGAUGAUCAGGAGAUUAUCAAUACAGCGAUAGAAGAGCAGAUAAAUCAUCAGGAGCACUUCAGUUGCUCUGAGAAGAUGAAUGAUCAGGAGCACUUCAGUUGCUCGGAGGAGAUGAAUGAUCAGGAGCACUUCAGUUGCUCUGAACAUGAAAUUAUGGGAUCCUUGAAUUGCUCAAGCGAAAACGAGUACAAAGGAUUGAGAGUUUUACAUCUUUUACUUGCAUGUGCCGAGGGAAUUUCUGAGGGAACCUCUGAUGUUGUUGAGAUUACUCUUUGCAGGUUGAGAGAACUGGUUGCUCCCACUGGUUCUGUCCUUGAGAGGGUGGCUUUUUACUUAUAUAAUAGCCUUAUUCAGAGGAUUAGCCCUGUGGGUCAAAUGGAAAUGGACUUGUUGAGUCUAAGGAGAUCAGAGCAUUUUAUGGGAGCUUUUAGUUUGCUUCACCAAGGAUACCCUUAUACCAGAAUGGCCCAUUUCACUGCAAAUCAAAGCAUAAUGGAGGCUGUGAAGGCUGCGAGCCAUGAUAGAAACAGCAAGAAAAGAAUCCAUAUUGUCGAUUUUGAUAUUAUGGAGGGCAUGCAAUGGCCGCCUCUAAUGGAAGCCAUGAUUGCUAACAAGAUUGCAGUUGGGCACUUGAAAAUUACUGCAAUCAAGUGGGAGGAGGAUGAAUUGAUGGGAAAGCAUACAGGAAGAAGGUUGUGUGAGUAUGCAGAAUCCCUUGGGAUUCCUUUUACUUUCCACGAAAACGAAUUGAAGGAUUUGAACAACAUUUAUUUAGAGGAGGAGGAGAUCGUAAUGGCGAACUGCAUGAGCGAGCUUCCACAUAUGUCGACGCAAAGGAGCAAAGCGAAGGUCUCAGAAUUCAUUCAUGGCGUCAGUUGUCUCCGUCCUGCUAUUCUAACUGUGGGAGUGGGAGCUUCAUUUGAAUGUGAAAGCAACUUCUUUUUCAGCCGUUUUGUUCAGUGCCUGCAAUACUCUUGCGCCAUGUUAGACUCUUUGGAAGCGGAAGUCGCAGAACAUCCACUUGCAAGAGCAGUGAUAGAGAGAAUUUUCAUCGCGCCAAUGAUAAUGCGUACGUUGGCGUGCCAAGAGAAAGGAUCGAACGUGGCUGAUAUUGCAUUUCACGCUGGUUUUAAAGUUGGUGCUGUAAGUGAGGAGAAUAGAAUCCAAGCCAGGGCAUUGAUUUCUCGUCAAGCAGGAAAAUGCUAUGGAUUAGAAGGGCGGGGAGAUGGCGGGCUCUGUCUGACAUGGGCUUCAAUUCCUUUGUUGUGUGUUUAUGUCUGGAAUACACCUUCCCCAGGUCUGCAAGGAGUAAACAAGAUCGGAUGCCCAAGUUAUGCCCGAUUUUGUAAAAACAGCUUCAAAAAGAACCCAGAUGGGCCCCUAAGUCCUCAAGGGCUUAAAAAAAAUCAGCCCCUGGUCCUCUGGGUGACCAAGGGUGGGCGCAGGAGGCAGCGACGCGGGGGCGGCGCGCUGGCUGCGGGCGGGCGGCGCUCGGGUGGGGGUUCUCGACGGGCGGCGCGGCGGGCGGCAGGCGGCGCGGGGGCGGUUGACCGCCGGCGGCGGUGGCCGCCGGGCUGUUUAAUGGAGGCGACAGAGGAAGGCCAAAGGGGAAGGGGUGUCGAGAAAAGGAGAGCCGCAGAUAUUAAGGGAGGCGGCGGUGGCGGCGACGCUGAGGAGGCCACCCAUAGUGGCGGCUGA